AUGUCAGAUAACUGCACAGACGAGCGCAAGGUUGUGCCCCGGCAGAGUGCACCCACCGCUCCCGAAUGGGGUCCGUACUCUGUGGGGAUAGGUCAGGACAACCAUGUGCCUGUUCCCGUUAUGAACGUAACGUGGACGCUAAGGUCAGAUGGUAAUGUAUUAAAACUCCAGGGGUCACAGUUUCGUAUUGUCGAUAAACAUCUGAAUCGAAGUCUGUGUGUGCAGUUUACUUACAGUAUCAACCAGCAGCUCAAUCCCAAUUUUACCAAGUGGACCUUUUCGAUGAGUGGGCUGGUGGUGGAAGGUGGGCGUACGUACACACUUUCAGCUUUUCAUUUGCCACGACCCGACCUUGGAGAUUACACCGUCACAAAGCAAGUUACUAUUCCAGGUGAGGUUUCAAAUCUUUUCUAUUCUCACGUGGUCAGUGACAGUGAGACCUGGAAGGGGGUGAACAGCCUUGGGAAGAACAGUCCCCCCGAUCACAACCCGAGCGGUGUUCUGUUUCUGGACUUCUGCUGUCAUCGCAGAUUGUCCAUAACCACGCUCAAGCAUAAGGGUUCCUUGGAAGUCGGAUCUCAGGUUCAUGAGGUGCAAUGCGGUUUCCGUCCUGACUGUGGAACGGUGGACUACCUCGACACCCUCGGUUGGGUCCUCGAGGGUGCAUGGGAGUUUGCCGAGCCAGACUGCUUGUUUUGUGGACUUGGAAACGGCGUUCGACUGCGUUCCUCGGAGAGUCCUGUGGGAGGAUGCGAUGACGAAAGAAUCCGAAAGUCCCAGAUGUGUCUGGAAAAUGGCAGCCUUUGGGACCCUCAAGUCACGACUGUUUUGUCAGUGGAGAAACAAAUGUUGUCUGUCGUCGUGGGCUUCGAAGCAGACAAGCAUUCUGACUUAUAUCAAGUUUCCAUUGAGAGUGACGGCAUCCAUUUCUCCGAGAAUGUUUCCAAGGAGUACAGAAGAUUUCUGAACGUUACCUUUGGCUUGGAUGUGUCACAGCUUUUAAAAUGUGAACUGACAUUAAUGAUCAAGCCAUUUUUCACAAGGUGCAUGAAUGAUGGCUGUCGUCCAGAACAAAUGAAUAUCAAUUAUUGUUUGUAUUUUCAAGCACGGACAGCAGGGACUAAGGGCGCUAUGGGGUUGCUCUUUGUUGUUGUUUGCUUUGCCUCUCUGCUGUGGCGUGCAUCACGUAAAGAUCAGGUCACUGUGUCGUCACCAGCCGCUGACCAGCAACUGCAAUUUUUCCAGGUGCAAGAGAGAAAAAAAGUCCUCAUCCUCUACUCGCUUGACCACCCUCUAUACAAAAACAUCGUCCUCAAGCUUUGCGCCUUCCUGACGGCCAAAUGCGGCACCGAGGUCAUUCUGGAUCUCCUGGAUUCCACCCGACUGGGAAUAUUGGGCCGUAUCCAAUGGCUGGACUGGCAGAGAGAACGUAUGGAAAGCUCUUCGGAUAAGGUCCUGCUCCUGUGCUCACAAGGGGUGCGAGCCAAAUGGAGAGCCAUGUGUGGAGAGAAGCCAGUUCUUCUGAGGGAAGACCUGCGCUCGCCCAUGGGCGACAUGCUCACCCCGGCUCUCGGCCUCAUCGUUCCUCAUCUGGUGCGCCGCGCCUCUUUCGAAAAGUACGUGGUCGCUUACUUUGAAGACGUCUGCUCUCCGGAGGACGUCCCGUCGCCGUUCAACGUCACGGUUCGAUACAAGCUCAUGAAGCAGUUCGAGGAGGUCUUCUUUCGAAUCCUGGACGCUGAAAAGCACGGGCCCGGGAGAGUCUGUCACAUCGAAGGAGUCGCAGAGGGCGAGUAUCACCGCUGCCCCUGGGGUCGAGCCUUGCGGGAGGCCUUGGAGGCUUUCCGGGCGUACCAGCUGAAGCACCCGCAGUGGUUUGAAGAGGAGCUAGUGGAGGACUUGAAAGUUGAGCAGCAAGUCCUAUAA